AUGCCUAUCUUGUCUCAAGAAGCCGUUGCGAAACAGGUGCAAGAUGAAGUCGGUUUCCUUAAUACCAUCGAAAUUGAAGAUUGCGAUGCCCUCACAUGCCAGAAUGAUGGCCGUUGCCUUUCCUUUGAUUCCAACAAGGAUGGAAUCAUAGACACUCAGUGUGUCUGCCCAGGCAAUUUCACUGGAACCUUGUGCGAAACACCCAAGCCUUGCGAUUUGCCAUGCGAGAAUGGAGCGACAUGCCGCAGCGAAGCGUCCUGGUGGCUCAAUGUUGGAGACACCCAAGCCCUUUCCGAAUACAUCUUCAUUUGUAUCAUUGAAGGACUACCUGAAUGUAGUAUCACUGACUAUUGCGAAUGCCCAACGGAUGGUACCUUUUAUGGAGACCUCUGCGAGCUGACUUGUGACCUCGAGUGCGAGAAUGGUUCUACUUGUCAGUUUCGAGGUCCCGAGCCACAGUGCCUUUGUUCUGGCAACUUUUAUGGCGACCUCUGUGAAAAAGAAUGCUCAAUCGGCUGUUUGAACAAUGGUCGUUGCAUUCUAACUCAAAAAGGCAACGAACGAUGCGUCUGCGAUGCUGGCUUUGAGGGUGAGCAGUGUCAAACUGCCGUUCCCUGUGACAAGCAAUGCAUGAAUGGUGGUGUUUGUACCUUUGCUGAAGGGUGGUGGUUGCAUGAAAUGGACUUCUACGAAUACAUUGAUGAGUUCUAUGAUAGUUACAAUGGUACGGACGUCUUUGGUCGAGGUUUUUCCUACUGUGAGUGUCCCGAUGGCCAUUUGGGAGAAUUGUGCGACAUCACAUGUUCCUCGGACUGUGGCGAAAAUGGCGAAUGUGUCUUUCUUGGGGAGGGUACCGGUACUGGAUGUCUCUGUAAAGAAGGAUUCUCUGGAGACUCUUGCCAAUUCGCUUGUGGUGUUGAGUGCAAGAACGAUGGUAUUUGUGUAGCUGAUGGCGUGAGCGAGUAUUGCGAAUGUCAGUCGCUUUGGGAAGGUGAUACUUGCGAGACCAAAAAGUCUUGUGAUCUUGAUUGCGCCAACGGUAGCUGUGUGCUUCAAGAAGAUUGGAGGUAUGAUCAAGAGUCCUUGCAAUAUUGUCUACUGGACAGCUCCUAUUGUCGCCAACAAGAGUAUCAAAGGUGCCAGUGCGAUUCGGACUGGGCUGGCUCAGAUUGCUCGGAUCCCUGCCCAUGCGAGAACGAUGGAACUUGCAAGAGUUGGGGGUACGGACGACGCAGGCUGCAAGAGUUCGAAACUCUGCCACCGCAGAAACCCACUCCAGAGUAUGCGCAGAAUGGCGACCAAGAUGAAUUCUAUUGCGAAUGUCCCUUUGGAUUCACCGGGGCGUAUUGCCAGCAACAACUGGAGACUGGAGAUUGUGGCUGCCAAAAUGGUGGAAUUUGCAGUACCUCAUUCCCCAAUGGUGACGAUAAUAUGGAUGAUGCAUUUGCCGGCGAUGAUGGAUUCAGCGUCCAAAACAACAACAACAACUACAACAACAACAACAACUCCAAUGGUCAUGAAACCAUUUCGCUUGUGGGUGACACUUCCCUUCCAAGACCAGGAGAGUACUGCAUUUGCCCAGAUGACAAGUUCACUGGAGAGUUUUGUGAGAUUGAAGUGGAUCCUUGCAACAACGCCUGUCAAAAUGGCGGGACUUGUAAUGCAGGACUUGUUACCAGCGUUCAAGGCGUUGGCAAUCGCAAUCUGCAGCAAUUCUCCUGCACUUGUCCCGAAGGCACAUCUGGUACCUUUUGUGAGCUCAAAGCUUGUGGUUCUGGCUACUGUGGAUAUGGCUCGGCUUGUAUCGAGCUUCCAGCCGGCGAGACUACUGUUGCGGGAGACGACUAUGUUUGUGACUGCUUUGUGGGCUCUUUCUCUACGGAUCCUUUCUUGAGCCUUGGACGACAGUGUAUUGCUCUUGCAAAUUUUCAGUGCUCCAGCAGCGAAAAUGCCAACAACGAGCCCUGGAGCUGUUCCAAUGCCGGAAGGUGCUACUAUGGCGACUCUGGACCAUUGUGCUUUUGUCCAGGAACCUUCACUGGACCAAGAUGCGAGUAUGAUAGUACUGAUGCCGCAGACAUGGCUUGGAGUACCUGUGGAUUGACCUGCGAUAAUGGAGGGAUUUGUCUGAAAGGGCCCAAUAAACCGAUUGGAGAAAUCUUCUUGCCAUUUUUGGAAGCUACCAAGAAGGCUGGACUCUUUGAUAAUCAAUCCACCGAAGACUUUGAAUAUUGCUACUGCCCUGCUGGAUUCUUUGGUGUUGAAUGCGAAAAGCAGUACGAGCUCUGUGGCGAUGAUGGUGAACAUAUUUGCUUCCAUGGAUCGAAAUGCGAAAAGUCUGGCGAUGAAUGGGGCUGCAAUUGCGAUGGUACGCUUGGUGCAGGUCUAUUCUGUCAAUAUGAAGCCACCGAUACCUGUGGGGACGAGGAUGUGUCUACCUUCUGCACCAACCAAGGCACAUGCACCCUUGGUGGCGACCCGGUCUGCUCUUGUGUCGAUGGAUGGGAAGGUAGUCAGUGUGAAAUUGAUCCAAGUGCCCCAUUGUUCGAUGCCAAUGAUGGCAAUGACUCCUGGUCCGGUGGAGCGACAGUUGGCAACAGCUGGUCGGUCGCUCUAACUGCACUGAUGGGCAUUGCAGUUUCUAUGUUCAUCUAA